CGUGUAUACACACACACACACACACACACACUAACAGGGAUUAUCUGUCUGUUCUGAAUCUGAUAGAGAAAUGCAGGCAUGAAUAGGAAGUGGAUCUGGAUGUGUAAUGUCCUAGCACAAGCCGGUGAUGGACUACAGACACACAGACGCUAAUCUGGCUUUCUCUGCAGAAGUGUCACCUUAAACCAGACCACGUCCGCAGAAUGCUGAGUCCUAUUGUUCCCUAUAGUCUAUUGAAGAUGCACUGGAACCCGGAGCAUGCCCAGCCCCUGAGCCAGUGGCCCGAGCAGCAUUUGGAUGUGUCCUCCACCACCUCCUCACCCGCCCACAAACCUGACCUGUAUUCGGCACGUGGCCGUGGCUCCUACAGCUAUGCCUGGGCCAAUGAUGAUAUCUCAGCCCUCACUGCCUCCAACCUGCUUAAGCGCUAUGCUGAAAAGUACUCAGGUGUGCUGGACUCAGCCUACGAGCGCCCUACUGUGGGUGCCUACCCCGACCCUGGCGCCUUUGGGGCUCUCAGUGGCAGCCAGAAGAGUGAACUGGAGCCCUGGCCCCUUUCACACAGCACUGAUUCAACUUACCCUUUGGUUCCACCCUCUACCCACGAUGGUCUGAAGGUGGCACCAGCACCCACGAUGCCACCUGGCUCAGGCAGUGUAUCUGCAGGCAGCAGUAACCUGUCAGACUCAGGCUACAGUGGGAGCAGUUCAUGCAGUGGUCCCCACUCCAGUGACUACCCGCCCAGCUACAAUGGCACCUACCUCUCGUCAGGAUACUGCCCCCAAGGCAGCUCAGCACUUCCCCCAGCACCACUUCAUGCCCUGCAGUCUGGUCCCACCCUCUUGCCCAGCUACACACCCUCUGCACCUGUCUAUAACUACCCCCCUGCCACCUACCCCCACCAGACCAGCCUUGCGCCCACCUAUGGCCACCCAACUCCCCCUUACCUUCCCUCUGGUAUAGCAGCUCCAACCCCCAUCACUUCACGGCCCACGGUGGUAGGAGGCAGCUACAGUUACCAGAACAGUAGCCUGGGUAGCUCAGAGACAGGAGGUUCACUGAAGAGGAAGGCAUUUGAAAUGACCCCUGAAGAGGAAGAGGGGGACGGGAGUUCACGCUAUAGGAAAUAUAGCUAUGAAGCCUUAAAGUCUGGUGGAGACUCGCCAUAUAGUGUGGGUGACAAAGCAGAAUGUAGAGGGAAUGGGUUUGUUGCUACAAAUGCAGACCCACAAGCAUUCAAGCCCAACAAACCUGGGUCACAGCCAGGCAUUGCAAGUGAUGAGGUGGGCAAAUACAGUGGCCUGAAGCCCCUGCUUUCGCCAGCAUAUGGAACAGCUGGUGACUACAGCCCUCCAACAGCCAUAACAGGAGAGAGCGGAGGAGCCGAGCAUGGUUUUCCACAGCAACAACGUUCACUAAAGCACUCUGAACCACUGAAAAGUACAGAGCAGCACCUGCUGGAGGUGGUAAAUAAUGAGCUACAGGACUGCACGUUGCCUCCACUGUGGUCAGAUCUAGUUGGCCAUGCUCGUCUUAAAGCAGUUCUGGAAGAGGAACUGCUGUGGCCAGUACUGCGCUCUGACAGCUCUGUUCGUCCGCCACGAACUGUGCUACUGUUUGGUCCACGAGGGGGUGGCAAGACCACACUGGCGCACUCCAUGGCCACCCAGCUUGGUGCCACUUUCUUCAGACUGAGCGGCGCCACGUUGGUAUCCAAGUGGAAGGCUGAAGCUGAGCAGCUUCUUGGCAUGCUAUUCUCUGUGGCUGCAGCACGCCAGCCAGCAGUGGUGCUACUAAGUGAGUUAGAGGCCUUUGAGGAUGAUGAGGGUCUCAGACAGCAGCUACAGGUCCAGUUGGAGAAGGUACAGCGUGGAUUGGUACUGGUGAUGUGUUCCACACGCCACCCAGAGCUUCUGAAAGAGCCUCUGCUACGCUGCAUGGCCAAGCGCUACCAUGUCAGCCUACCGGACGGAAGUGGGCGCAGGCAGCUGCUGCUGCAAGCUCUUGGGCCUCAUGGCUGCAGUCUGAGUGAACAGGAGCUGGCUGCUGUCUUGCAGCGUUGCGAUGGAUUCUCUGUAUGUGAGCUGCUGCAACUCGGUCAGCAAGCCCUGGCUUCAGCAUCAGCUUCAGGCACUGGUCAGAUGCAUGGCCUUGGCGCACCCCUCUCCUCACCAGCCUUCAAAGACUUCGAGAGCGCUUUCUGUAAGGUGCGACCACAUGGGGCCCCCAAAGAAAUGGACACUUGUAUGGAAUGGAGCAAGGUGUAUAGCCACUAAGAGACAGUUCAGCCACUGGAAUCAGGACUGCUUAUGUUUGUGCAGAGGUAAAAAGCCUCAUGGAUACUUUUUUUGCUUUUAUUCUUUCUGUUUUCUUUUUGUAGCUACAUACUUCGCAGCCAAAAAGGGGGGUUAUUUUGGGAGAUUACAUUUUACGGUGAAAAGGCAUUUUAGAAUGAACACCUUUUUGUCUUGGAAACAUGCCAUGGUGUGCUGUUUUUCUAUAAAUAAACAUAUACUUUAUUUUUUUCCCCAAAGAAAUUAAAAAUAUUAGGCAUUUAUCAGAAGGGG